CCACUACAUCAGAGUGUUCCUGCAGUCGAUCGCCGAUAUUUGCUCCCACCAAGCAAUUUCCCAAUUUGGGAGUGUGGUGUGUCGUGGGACCGUUGGCCACGAUUUUCCGAUCACGCACCUCUUCGUUCAAGUCAGCACCUAAUCAGCUAGGCUAAUGGUCAUUAGUCCAAACUGACUGGGAAGCCUUCUUGCUGCUUGCCUUGUUUCUGCAUCGAUGAAGAAGGAGCUUGAGCCGAGGCUUCGAGUCUAAGUGGCUCAAAGAGAAUGCGGGGUACAGCGGCAUUCCUGUUCCGACGUUGGCUCUGCCGUGAAAUGCGAUAACAUGGGCUGGGUACUUGCAGCUACACCUCCUCGACAUCCACCAAUGGUCUGGGAUGUCCAACCUCUUGUGAAGUCCAAUCCAGUUUCGAGCAUGGCUCAAUCAUUCUCGAGGGCUGUUCAGUAUUAGCACUGCGUCUAAGCGUGGUCGCACGGUGCUCACCAGACUCGUCAGCUGUCUAAUCUCAUCGGCCCUACAGAAGUACCUUCCAGUCCCAACUCCACAAUGAACGGCCUCCGCGAAACCGGUAUCCCAGACAAAUACCUUCAAGAGCGCGAGAAGCGGCUGCGUUCAGAUGGAACCUCGCAGUUUGUGGAGCUCGCGCUGUCGGACAAGUUCAAGCAACUCGAGACCGACCCAUGGGUCGAUCACGAUGCUCUCAACAAUGCACAGCAUGUGCUGAACGACGGAGACGACAUCAAGUUCCUCCUUCUCGGCGCCGGUUAUGGUGCGCUUGUGCUGGCUGCGCGUCUGGUCGAGGCUGGUUUCGACCCGGCGAGCAUUCGCUUCGUCGACGCGGCAGGCGGAUUUGGUGGGACUUGGUACUGGAAUCGGUAUCCAGGCCUGAUGUGUGACAUCGAAAGCUACAUCUAUAUGCCCCUGCUGGAGGAACUCGGACACAUGCCGACAUUCAAGUAUGCCUAUGGGAACGAACUGCGAGAACACGCCGAACACAUCGCAGAGCACUACGGGCUCAAGAACAACGGGUCCUUCAGAACGGUCUAUCACGAGGCGCAGUGGCUCGACGAUCAGAAGCGAUGGAAAGUCGGCCUGCGGGAAUACCGUGGGCCGGAUGAGCCAGAGCGGUCGUUUUGGGUGUACUCACAGUUCCUAUGUCAGGCCGCUGGAGCGAUCGUUUCGCCUCAGAUACCGCUGCUGCCUGGCAUGGACACGUUCCAGGGCACUAUGUUUCACACCGCUCGAUGGAACUAUCCGGUCACCGGGGGAACACCGACAGAUUGGACCAUGGACAAGCUCAAAGACAAGCGCGUGGGCAUCAUAGGCACUGGUGCGACAGCCAUUCAAGUCGUGCCUGAACUGGCCAAGUGGGCGAAACAUCUUUACGUCUUCCAGCGAACACCGUCGAGCGUCGACGUGCGAGGCCAGCGCCGCACUGAUCCUAUCGAAUGGAAGACGAAGAUCGCCACCGGGAAAGGCUGGCAGCAGGCCCGCGCGAUGAAUUUCAAUCUGAUUAUGGUCAACACACCCGAGGGCCCGGAUCUGGUGGCGGACGGCUGGUGCAAAAUGCCUGCAUAUUGUGGCAUCAACGGAGCACCAACUCCCACGUUUAUCACGCCCGAUAAGGUCCCCGACCAUAUCGCCGCACUAAAUGCCGUUGACCUUCCCCGCGCCGAGAGAGUGAGGGCCCGGGUGGACGAGAUCGUCCAAGAUCCUGCCACAGCCGAGAAUCUUAAGGCCUGGUACCCGUAUGGUGCAAGCGUCCUACGUUCCACGACGACUACCUCCCCGCAUUCAACAAGCCCAAUGUCACACUCGUCGACACUGAUGGGAAGGGCGUAGACUCAAUGACGGCCACCGGUGUGAUCGCGAAUGGCAAGGAAUAUCCGAUCGACAUUCUCGUUCUCAGCACGGGCUACAUCGUCGGGCUCGUUGCUGGGUCUGGGUGUCCGGCAUCUCGUGGAAACUUCCGAGUCACCGGCCGUGACGGGCGGGAUAUGGAGGCGAAGUGGCGAGAAGAAGGGUGCAGCACUCUGCAUGGCUUGGCAUCGAACGGGUUCCCCAACUUCUUCUUCCUCCCUGGUCUCUCCCAGCUUGGGUUCACGGCCAACUUCAUGUCCGCCCUCGACACGGUCUCCAAGCAGGUCGCCUGGAUAGUCGCACAGGCGCAUAAAGACGUUGAUCGUCCCGGCCAGGUUGUCGUCGAGGUUGAGAAGGACGCCGAGGAACGAUGGGCCGACGAGGUGGUCAAGAGAUCCGGAUGGUUCGCUGCUGUUCCUGGAUGCACGCCAGGAUACUUCAACAGCCAAGGAGAGCAUGCCCGUCUCAAAGAUCCGGUAGAAGAGCUCAAAGCUGCUCGCGCUUCGGCAUGGGGUGAAGGCUAUGUGAGUUACAUCAACUUGCUUAAAGAUUGGCGUGCAAAGGGAGACUUGGAGGGAAUCCAUGUUACGACCGGACAAAGCGAAUGAAUUGACAUUAAUAGUGUACCAGUUAUCGUGGAGGAAAUGUUUAGGCAGGUCGUAUGCACCAACUUACAAGGUAGUAGGUAGAAGGUAUUAGACCAGAGCAGAAAUGAAGAUUUGACAGUUCCGUGACGUCACCUCUACAACUUGAACUUGGAAGUCAACCGCGUAGCAUGGACGAAGCGUCCUCGUCGUCAAAACACAAGCGCUCUCGCAAAGAUGAUCCCGAAAGGAAGAGCAAGAAGCGGAGUAGGCAUGAGGAUAGUCACCGCAAACACAAAAAGUCGAAGCAGACCACGAUCGUCGACGAGGAUCCUGACGACGAGGACUUAUGGGUGGAGAAGAACAUCGAUAUGGAUGGUGAACGCCCGCUAGCUACGACGAUACCUACAGCGGAGAGCCUCAAAAUUCAAUCUUCUGCACCUCCCAGUCGGUCGGGCCCUCCCCUUCCGCCAACUUCAUCGACAGAGUCCACUCUCAAGAGAGAUGACUGGAUGCUAGCGCCUCCAACUGCAUCACAACCUGUCCAAGUGCGGACCUCCGGCGAGCGGGAUGUUGGGAAUACCUCGCUCACAGAAGAUUACGGCGAAGAACUGGGUGACAACAGGACAGUUGCUGGUGGCGUCGAUUUUUUCUCAAGCUUAGGCGCGGACAUGAAGAAGCGACCUGACAAACCAGAUGUGGAUCAACCUAUCAUUCAUGCGAAAGAGCUCAAUCAGGAUCUCAGGCUCGGAAACAACACAAGCAUCGAUGUGGAGACUCCUCCGCCCGCCAAAGCGGCUACUCCAGGUGGACCGGGAUCGCAGUGGAGAAUGAUGAGACUUCGCCGAGUCUAUGAGACUGCGGAGGAAGAGGGUCUACCCAUCGAGGAAGUUGCUAUCGACAGAUUCGGAUCGCUAGAAGCCUUUGAAGAAGCCAAGAAGGAGCGUCAAAUCUUGGACGAACGCAACGGAAAGCGGUCAGAUCGAGAGCGGGACAAUCGCAAUACCAGAUCCUACGCCGGAGGAACCGACGGGGAGAAGCGCUUCAUGUUCAAUGACGUGGGAGGCAGUGGUCGUGGUUCAUCAUUCAAGCGUCCAGGAGGGCCACGAGACAGCGGCGAGAGCGGGCCCUCGACACCUACACCGUUGGGUGGGGCACCUUCAUAUGCUGCCCGACGCUUCGACUCGCUCCGACUGCCCUCACAAACGGGCUCGCCCCUCGCUCAAAGUCGCACACCGAUUCCAGCCAUGCUCACGCCUCCCGUCGGUGGACCGAAAACGCGUGCGAUGUCACCGUCUUCAUUGAACCGGCUGCAGGCUAAAGUGCUCAGAGCCAAGUUAAUGGGCUCCUCUGAUGCAGAGGCGCUUGAACGAGAAUAUGAUGCCGAGUCUCGCAAAGCGCAAGGUGUGGUGUCUGAGAACGGAGUACGUACCAAGGUGGAGAUGCUUCCAACGCUCGAUGGGCAUGGGAAGCUGUACGAUGUGGGCCAUGGCGCGGUUGAGGACGCAAAUCUGCCGGGAAAUCGCAGGAAGAAGGAAGCUAAAUUCGAAACGCGCGAUCCCAAAACCGGUGAGGUCUUGAGAAUCAAUGCCAACGACGACACGACUACUUUGGGUGAGAUGCUGCGGCAGGAGAAAUUCGGCGGGGGCAUGUCAGAUCAGAAGAACUUGGACGCCGAGUUUGCUAGACAAAUCAUGGGUGAUGGCAAGUUCCAGAAUGAUCUGGACUACAUCGAUGACAAUGCUGAAAAGCUUGGCCGUCAGAAAAUGCGUUCCGAUGCUAUGAAGCGCCAGUUUGCGAUUCAUGACUUUAAACGCACGCAAAAGGUGCUAUCCGAGUGUGUUUAUUGUUUCGGGGAAGACGAUUCGCCGCCAAAAUGUGCUGUAGUGGCCAUGGGCACUCGCGCAUAUCUCUCGUGCACUCCGAAUGAGGAACUGGUGGAUGGGCAUUGUCUGAUUGUUCCCAUCCAGCAUCAUCUCAACAUGCUUGAAGCUGACGAUGAUGUUUGGGAUGAAGUCCGGAAUUUCAUGAAAUGUCUGAUGCGGAUGUUCGCUGAAGAAGACAAGGGCGUCAUCUUUUAUGAGACCGUAAUCACGCUGAAAUGGCAGAAACACACAUGCAUUGAAUGUGUUCCGCUUCCCUGGGAGCAGUUCGAAGACAUUCCCCAGUACUUCAAGGAAUCGAUUCUUGCCUCCGAGGCUGAAUGGUCGCAGCACAAGAAACUGAUCGAUUUCUCUAGACGGCCGGGAGGUUUCCGGCGUGCUAUGGUUCCGAAUCUGCCUUAUUUCAUGGUUCAAUUCGACUAUAAAGGCGAGAAAGGUUACGGUCAUGUGAUCGAAGGUACCGGGGAUGCAGCCAAUGAGGAGGAUGGUGGUCUGGAGGAAGGAGAAAAGGGCGGCGGAGAAUUUCCAAAGUACUUUGCGGGCGAAAUUAUUGGCAAUGUGCUAGAGAUUGAGCCUCGCCGGUGGAGACGACCGAAGCGAAUCGACUUCCACAGCAACAAAGAGCGCGUUCUCCAAUUCAAGCAAAAGUACACUAAAUUUGAUUGGACGAACAUGAUUGGAAAAUGAUGUACAAUGUAUGAGUAUGAUAUUACAAGGGAAAUGGGCGCGUGGACAUGCGACUGCGACCGCUGAAGACUGAGCUCACUCGGGAGGCUGGCCCACGGAAGUUGGACAAGAACGCACUGUCCAACGCCGAGGUAGAUAGAUCUGAAAGCAUUCAACCAGAGAGUCUACGUCCAUCAGGAAGACAUACCGCUCAUAUCACUGAAGCUUGACGCUUCUGAACCCUGAUUGCUGCCCUGUUCUGUCGCAUACGCUCUCCCGAGCGCGCUGCGGGGUGACAAUGCCGGAGGACUGGACGAUUUGCUCGGUGAAAGAUGUCGGCUCAUGGGAGAAUGCGUUCUUGAUCCAUUCGACGGCGAAGGAAUAUCAGGAAUCGAGCUCUGAGCAGAACUGGCGCUCGACACGCUCAUCGGACUGUAUGCUUUCUCCCGUCUGAAUGUCAUUUGAGCGGGGAGGGUGUUGAUCUGAUUGGCGCGUCCACGGUCUACUUCAAUGGCCCUCGUUUUCCCUUUGCUGCUGCUGCUGCUGCUGUGAAGCGGCGGCCGAGGUGGACGGGAUACCAGGCCUAAAGACUCGUUGGUCACCAUAAGUUGCAGUUCUUGUAGUUUGCGUUCGAGCGACUCUUGUUCCUCGGCGUUGCGCUCAGCCUCUUCUUCGCGCUUCGAUUCUUCGUCCUCGGAAUCCGUGCCUGACUCCGGAUUUGACGAAGGCGGACUCAGGGUGCGUUUCGCGGGCCCACCACCGAAUGUGACUUGGGCGGUAAGCGUGGACGAGGAAAGUGCUUUCUUGGGCUGCGGCACGGAGUUCUUCCCCAGCGAAUUAAGCCGGGCCCGUACACCCAAAGGCGUCGAAAGCCGGCCAGCCGGUGACAUCCUGCCACUCGUGCUCAAACGGUGCACGGCCCGCAUGGCGACAGAGGAAGGUUUGUCAAUGGGGGAGAUCGCCGCAUCUUCGAAAGGCUUGUUGUUUGGUUGCGCAACCGAAGGACUAGAUACCCCUGGUAUAUCUUGAAGCCCGCGAAGCUCUUCUUGAAAUCGCCCUUGAACCCGGUAGAGGAGGUAAGGGAGAGGGACGUCCAGAUGCGCAGCUAGUCCCUUCCCUAGCGCAGUCAGCUCAUUCUGCAUGUAUCUCAUAACAAGGGAACCAACAGUCUGUUCCUGCGUUGUCGGUAGAUCGUGAGCGCUCGAUAACCUUCCAGAGUAUAUCGGCUUUCUCCUGGGUCCACUCUAUCCGGGGCGGAUCAGGGAUGGCUUGCUCAGGACGAUUGUGUGGAAUCCGGACAACGACUCGGAUGUUGGGAGGCGGGUUCGCGGACAUCGUAGACCAGUCUCAACAAGCUACGCGGCGACGUUACCCACGCCGAUACCAUGCGCGAUCACGUGCAGGGCGGAUUCAUCGGACCGUGUAUGCUCGCCAGAUUCCUGCCAUCAUCUUUCUCCCUGCGAAGAUGUCUUCACGGCGCUGUGAACGACAGACGCUGGCCAGGAUGGGAAGUGGUCGUUGGAAUCGAGACUCACGCACAGAUUGCUUCACGUCACAAGCUUUUCUCAGACUCUCUCAACUCUACCUUGGGAGAAGCGCCCAACAUUCAUGUUUCUCCUUUUGAUGCGGCAUUUCCAGGAACGCUUCCUAAAGUCAAUCAGGAAUGUGUUCACCUCGCAAUCCGAACAGCUCUGGCUCUGGAUUCUGCGCUACAAAUGCGCUCUUCAUUUGAUCGGAAACAUUACUUCUAUACAGAUUUGCCUUCUGGCUACCAGAUCACUCAACAUUACGCCCCUAUUGCCCUUGGAGGUAAUAUCGAAGUACGAGAGACUUCCCGGACUGUGAGGAUAAAACAGAUUCAGCUCGAGCAAGAUACUGCGAAGGCGACGUUCGAUUCGAAGACAAGAACCUCAAGCAUAGAUCUGAAUAGAGCAGGCACGGGUCUCCUAGAAAUAGUCACAGAACCAGACAUGAGGUCGCCAGAAGAAGCCGGCGCAUAUGUCAAAACGUUGCAAAUGAUUCUUCGUGCCAUUGGUGUGAGCGACGGAAAUAUGGAAGCGGGCUCUCUGCGUUGCGACGUCAAUGUGUCGGUGAAUAAGCCUGGAGAUCAGCCCGGGACACGGUGCGAAAUCAAGAACUUGAACUCCGUCAAGGCUAUGCAAGCUGCAAUCAUUUGGGAAGCUAAAAGACACGUGCAAAUCUUGGACUCUGGUGGAUCCGUGCCGCAGGAGACACGCGGGUUCAAUCAAGAUACGCUGGAGACAUUUAAAAUGCGGUCGAAGGAAGACGCCCUGGACUACCGUUAUAUGCCCGACCCAAAUUUGCAGGUUCUAGCCCUUUCCCAAGUCCGCCUUUGCGCUUUUUUGCUGCUCGAUUGGGCUCAUGUUCUCCAGGAAAGAGUUGACAGAAUCAGAGAGACGAUGCCCGAACUCCCUUGGGAGACCCGCGAGCGACUGCUUAAGUCGUACCAGCUGACAGACAAAGACGCUGACGUUCUCAUCCAUCUUGACCAUGGGAGAGAGAGCGCAGUCUCUUAUUUUGACCAAGUUUGCAGUUCCAAGAGCCGAAAUCCCCGUGUCGUAUUCAACUGGAUGGUUCAUGAACUACUGGGGCGCCUGUAUUCUUCCAAGCUGACGUUUGCGGAAAACCCAAUCUCGGCGGCCCACCUGGGGGACCUCGUUGAUUUGAUACAGACUGGGGCGAUCACUGGUCCUUCGGGCAAGAUUCUCAUCAAAGUGAUGCUUGCCUCGCCGUCGACGCAAAACCCAACAGAGCGGGCGCGUGAAUUGGGUCUGAUGUCUACAGGGGGUGAUAUCGAUAUCGAGCAUGCCUGUCGAACAGCCAUCCUGGCGCUCCCGUCGGAAGCAGACGCCUUCCGACGGGGCCAUCAAAAUGUUCUCAAUAAGAUCAUGGGCAGGGUCAUCAAGGAGAGCCGGGGCCGGGCCGAUGCGAAACUGGUCAGAGAGUGUCUGGUGGCUUUGUUGCAAGAGGGUAUCAAUUAA